GUUAUCUCCUACCAAGAUAAUCUUAAAACGUGAACGUGAUUGAUUUCACCUAAAUUAAGGAAGUAAGAAAUUCAUUCUGUAUAUCGUUAUCGAUAGGUUUUCUAAAAUGUCAUUAUCUUCGGAAGACAGAUUGAGCAAAAAGCCGUCGUUGUUCCUGCAAUUCGUGGCAGACCGAGCGGACUCCUCUCUGGGUGCUAGCGACGUGGAUCUGGACGAUAUAGGUCUAGACUAUGGGAGCUUAGAAGAUUACGAGAAACACUUGCAUGUCAUCGUCGAUCGUUUUAAGAGUCUGGGCGAAGUCACCUCUGCACUAAAACGACUGAAAGUGGAACCAUGUGGACUGAUAUUUGGCAUUGACUACACUUUGAGCAACAAGGUAUCUGGCAUGAACACAUUCCAUGGACUGAGUCUACAUGACACUACCAGCAAAAAGACCAACCCGUACCAGGAGGUGAUCUGUAUCCUGGGAGAGACGCUAGAACCGUUAGAUGACGAUGGAAUUAUACCAGCGUACGGCUUCGGAGAUAGGAUUGUAAAAGACAAGGGCAUAUUUCCCCUCAAGGCAAAUGGAGACUGCGAUGGUUUCAUGGAAGUUCUUGAAGUCUACAACGUUGUAACGCCUAAAAUUCAGCUUGGUGGUCCAACAAACUUUGCCCCUCUCAUUGACGAGGCUGUUAGAAUUGUUAAGGAAAAGAAGCAGUACCAUAUUCUGGUGAUCGUUGCUGACGGUCAGGUGACCAACGAAGAGGACACGGUGAGGGCAAUCAUAGAGGCCUCAGAGUAUCCACUGUCCAUCGUGGUCAUCGGGGUAGGCGACGGACCGUGGGAUGUCAUGAACGACUUUGAUGAUAAAUUGCCAGAACGAAGAUUUGACAACUUUCAGUUUGUGGAUUUCCACAAGGUAAAGAGUGAAGCACGUAAUCCUCAACCAGCGGUUGCUCUUGCAGCUCUAAUGGAGAUACCGGAUCAGUUCCAAUAUAUCAGGGACAACGGGCUCGUGGAAAGGCUUUAACAUAGUUCAUGCUGGCUGGCUUGGCGAAAACAAUUUAUUGUUAAAUAAGUGGCGAUCUGUUCGCUUACCGUCAUAAUUACAUGUUUAAAAAUAGAUUUUAAUUUAUUUUGCUUAUUGGCCUGUUAAUACUUUAAUUGUUUUAUAUAUCUUAGACUAUACUGUACUUGUUAAAAUAAUUAUGUUGUAUACAUGUGUGUUUCAUACAAUAUAAUACAGUUUAUACAGCGUCUGACUAGUAGAUGAAGACGUAAACUUGAUUGACGUCUUCGAUUUGCAUUACAUGCACACUUGCUUACAAACACGGCAUAAUAGCUACUCAUUAAUAUUUUAAUUUAAUGGUUAUAUGAAUUCACCCAAACGCAAUCUUUAUUGGUUAAUUGUUUUAAAACAUGUUUAAGUUUUGCAAUUAUAAAAUGUACGAGGACAUAGACACAAUUGUGUGGUUAGCAGUGCAAGAUUUAUUUUUAUAUCUCUUACGGUUAUUAAAAAAUGUGUCUGCUG